GAGAUAAACUUGUUAGCAUCAAACCAACACUUGCAACUCAUGGAGACUACACUCCUCAGCUCCACACCUCUGCAACUCAAAAAACUUGACAAAUCUUCUCUCUUUUUGUCAUCUGCAUGCAAAUUUACCAACAGGGUGUGCCUUAAAAGUAAUGUUUUAAGUACUAAAGUGUCACAUUUUUGUAAAAAGUCCUUAAAAGUGUCAGCCAGCUCACAGGCAGCUCCUGCUACUGAGACUGCAACUGCUAGCUCUGUUCCUUCUGUGAUGAAGGCUUGGCUGUAUGAUGAGUAUGGGGGAGUUGAGGUCUUGAAAUUCGAUUCGAGUGUUUCGGUGCCUGAGGUGAAGGAUGAUCAGGUUCUGAUCAAGGUUGCUGCAGCUGCUCUCAACCCUGUGGAUUUUAAGAGGAGACUUGGGAAAUUUAAGGCCACUGAUUCUCCUCUUCCGACGGUGCCAGGGUAUGAUGUUGCUGGUGUGGUAGUAAAGGUUGGUAGCAGUGUCAGUAGUCUAAAGGAAGGGGAUGAAGUAUACGGAAACAUAAGCGAGUUUGCUCUGGAAGGACCUAAACAAUCUGGUUCGUUAGCAGAAUACACUGCUGUCGAGGAGAGACUGCUGGCUUUGAAGCCUAAAAAUCUGUCAUUUGUUGAGGCUGCCAGUCUACCUCUUGCAAUUGAGACUGCUCAUGAGGGUCUCGAAAGGUCUGCAUUUUCAGCAGGUAAAUCGAUUCUUGUUCUUAAUGGAUCAGGUGGAGUUGGUACCCUGGUGAUUCAGGUAGCUAAACAAGUGUUUGGUGCUUCGAGAGUUGCAGCUACAUCUAGCACAGGCAAGCUUGAGUUGCUGAAAAGUUUGGGGGCUGAUUUGGCAAUUGACUACACCAAGGAGAAUUAUGAAGAGCUAGAUGAGAAAUUUGAUGUAGUCUAUGAUGCAAUUGGACAAGGUGAUAAAUCACUAAAGGUUUUGAAGGAGGGAGGUACUGUGGUGGCUCUGACUGGUGCAGUCCCGACGCCUGGUUUCAGAUUUGUUGUCACUUCUAAAGGAUCAGUUCUGACAAAGCUGAAUCCCUAUCUAGAGAGUGGGAAAGUGAAGCCUGUGGUCGACUCUAAGGGGCCAUUCCCAUUUGACAAGGUUGUCGAGGCCUUCUCCUAUAUUGAAACAAAUAGAGCCACAGGAAAGGUAGUUAUAGCUCCAAUUCCAUGAGAUGAGAAAAAUACUACCUAUUUAGGCAUGUACUCUAUGUACACUUCAAUAAAGAUUGCUUGCAAUGGAAAUAUGUCAAGUGUGUUGUACUGCAGAAUUGAGGUGUAGAUAAUGACCUGGCACAACUCCUUUCCAGUAAAAAAAUAAACUUGAAAGUUUUCUAGAAAGUUCUCUCCGGCUAUUAGAUUAACUAUCUUGUGCAUAAACUGGUUCUGUUCUUUCAAAAUCAAGAAGAUAACAAUGGCAAGUGCUUCUCAACUUUGGUUUUACUAUGUUUUGCGACA